CUUCUCCACUCUCUAACAUACUCUGCAAUCAUCUUCGCACCGAUUCACAAAUUCUAGGGUUAGGGUUCCCAAAUUUCGCCGUCGAUCACAGAAUGAGUUCCACUGCUGGAUCAACCAAGGGCGGAAGGGGCAAGCCAAAGGCCUCCAAAUCCGUUUCAAGGUCUCAAAAGGCUGGUCUUCAGUUCCCCGUAGGAAGGAUCGCCAGGUUCCUUAAGGCUGGAAAGUACGCCGAGCGUGUCGGCGCCGGCGCUCCGGUAUACCUCUCUGCGGUGCUUGAGUACCUAGCCGCUGAGGUUUUGGAACUUGCUGGCAAUGCCGCAAGGGACAACAAGAAGAACCGUAUUGUUCCGAGGCACAUUCAACUUGCAGUGAGGAACGAUGAGGAGCUUAGCAAGCUUCUUGGAUCUGUGACCAUUGCCAAUGGUGGUGUUUUGCCAAAUAUCCAUCAGACUCUUCUUCCAAAGAAGGCUGGAAAAGGGAAGGACGAGAUUGGGUCUGCUUCUCAGGAGUUCUAGGGUUUUUUGUAGGCUAUGAAUUAGGCUAUAGGUUUUUAAUUUUUCUGCGGUUGUAAAAUACAUGUUUUAUUUCCUUAUAUCGGUUGGUACCAAUGGAUAUAAUGCUUAUCAAUCCACUGAACAUGAUGGAAUAUUAUGUUACUCUUUGAAUGGAGAUGAAUGCAAAAUCCUUUUUUGUUACUCAA